GCGGUGGGACCCCGGGCGGGGAGGCGAGAUGGUGCAGGGCACAGCACGGUCAGGCACAGCCCGAGCUCCUUCUCCUGCUGCCGGGGGGGAUCCCGGACCCCCUCCCAGCCUCUAAAAGCCAGGUAAGCGUGCUCCCCACCCUGCUUGGCUCAGCAUCUCCCGAGCCCAGCCGUGCUGCAGCCGGCUGAGGAGCACUGCAGGCAGGAGAGGGCUGGGGCAGGUGUAUCAGCGUCAUGGCCCCAGUUCAGUGCUGGCCUGGCCUCUGAGGCUGUGCUCUAAGCGCCCCGAAGGUGAAAUGAUGAACCAAGGAAGGCAGAGAAGGAACGGCACCAGCAGGGCCCCCUCCCUGUUCUGUUAAAGCUCUGCCAGCAAACCCAGGGGGACCCCAGGCACUAUGUGAUGGAUCCAGGGCUGCUCUGCCCCAGGAGCACGGCGUGCUUUGUCCACAAAACCGGCUGGAAUAAUCUGCUUGUUUGGGAUUUCAUAGCUCUGUUCCCUAAGGCCAGGGCAGGGCUGGAUCCCGAGCAGCAGGAUGGCGGAGAAGGGCAUGGACCCCGCCUGCGUCUCCAUCGCCCUGGAGGACACGGUGUGCCACGCCGGCCCCCCGGACCCCCCCCUGCUCACCACCCACUUGAAGAAGGUGGAGAACCACAUCACAGAGGCCCAGAGGUUUUCCCACCUCCCGAAGCGCUCGGCUGUCAACAUCGAGUUCAUCGACCUGUCCUACUCGGUGCGGGAGGGAUCCUGGUGGAGGAAGAGAGGGUACAAGACUCUCCUCAAAUGUCUGUCAGGGAAGUUCUGCCAGCGGGAGCUGAUUGGGAUCAUGGGCCCCUCGGGAGCUGGGAAAUCCACACUAAUGAACAUCCUGGCUGGCUACAGGGAGACUGGGAUGAAGGGGCAGAUCCUGGUGAACGGGCGGCCGCGGGACCUGCGCACCUUCCGCAAGAUGUCCUGCUACAUCAUGCAGGAUGACAUGCUGCUGCCACACCUCACCGUGCUCGAGGCCAUGAUGGUCUCUGCUAACCUGAAGCUGAGCGAGAAGCAGGAGGUGAAGAAGGAACUGGUGAAUGAGAUCCUGACGGCCCUGGGGCUGCUGGAGUGCUCGUACACCCGCACCAGCUCCCUGUCGGGGGGCCAGCGCAAGCGCCUGGCCAUCGCCCUGGAGCUGGUCAACAACCCGCCCGUCAUGUUCUUCGAUGAGCCCACCAGCGGUCUGGACAGUGCCUCCUGCUUCCAGGUGGUGUCCCUGAUGCGGUCCCUGGCUCAGGGUGGGCGCACCAUCAUCUGCACCAUCCACCAGCCCAGCGCCAAGCUCUUCGAGAUGUUCGACAAGCUCUACAUCCUGAGCCAGGGCCAGUGCAUCUUCAAGGGUGUCGUGACCAACCUCAUCCCCUACCUGAAGGGCCUCGGCCUCCACUGCCCCACAUACCACAACCCUGCUGAUUUCAUCAUCGAGGUGGCCUCAGGAGAGUACGGGGACCUCAACCCCGUCCUGUUCCGCGCUGUCCAGAACGGGAUGUGCACCAUGGCUGAGAAGAAGAGCAGCCCUGACAAGGCAGAUUCAUCGUGCCCACCGUGUGGGACGGACGUGGAUCACAUCGAGAGCCACACAUUCGCCACCAGCACCUCGACUCAGUUCUGCAUCCUCUUCAAGAGAACCUUUAUCUGCAUCCUGAGGGACACGGUGCUGACCCACCUGCGGUUCAUGUCCCACAUCUGCAUCGGGGUGCUCAUCGGGCUGCUCUACCUGCACAUCGGCAACGACGCGGGCAAGGUCUUCAACAACACCGGCUUCCUCUUCUUCUCCAUGCUCUUCCUCAUGUUUGCUGCCCUCAUGCCCACCAUCCUCACCUUCCCCCAGGAGAUGACUGUGUUCCUGAGGGAGCACUUGAACUACUGGUACAGCCUCAAAGCCUAUUACCUGGCAAAGACCAUGGCAGAUGUGCCCUUCCAGGUGAUCUGCCCCAUCGCCUACUGCAGCAUUGUGUACUGGAUGACGGGCCAGCCCCCCGAGGCCACGCGCUUCCUGCUCUUCUCUGCCCUGGCCACCGCCACAGCCCUGGUGGCCCAGUCCCUCGGGCUUCUCAUCGGAGCUGCUUCCACUUCCCUGCAGGUGGCCACCUUUGUGGGACCCGUCACUGCCAUCCCCGUGCUGCUCUUCUCGGGCUUCUUCGUCAGCUUCAAGACCAUCCCCACCUACCUGCAGUGGAGCUCCUACGUCUCCUAUGUCAGGUAUGGCUUCGAGGGAGUCAUCCUCACCAUCUACGCCAUGGAGCGCGAGGACCUGGAGUGCCUCGAGGACUUCUGCCCUUUCCAAAAACCCAUCAAGAUCCUGCAGGAGCUGGACGUGGAGGAGGCCAAGCUCUACCUGGACUUCCUCAUCCUGGGCAUCUUCUUCAUCAUCCUGCGGCUCCUGGCUUACCUGGUGCUCAGGUACAAGGUCAAGUCUGAGAGAUAAAGGGGCCGUGGGGCCCCGGUGCCGCUCCCGGGCCUGGCCUGCUGCGAGAGAUGUUCUGCAGAUGGACACGGCGCUCCUGCAGGUCCCAGACCGUGGUGGAGGCACUGGGAGGUGCCAGCCAGGCCUGGCUCAGUCGAGAAGGGUUUUGAGACAUCUCGGAACUGUUUUAACCUUUCCACACACUCUUCAUUGCAAAACGUUUUGUACAGCCCUGGCAUGUGCCACCCUCCCCCCCAGGACCCACGAGCCCCACGGAGCUUGGGUGCCCUCUCGUUGUCCCUGCUGCCCUGGGGACACCAGGGACAGUCCUGCAGAGGAGGUUUGUGCUGAGCACGAGGAGCCUGCCCCGUGCUGGGGGAGCAGAGGGCUGGGCUGGGCUGGCCUGGGCUGGGAGGAGAGAGCUGCACAGCUGGAAGCACAGCUGGAGAUCCCACUCCUCAUCCUGGCCAGCAGCGUGUGAGUCAGUGCUGAGAGGAGCCAUAGGAGAAGUUGCACAAGGCUUUAGUGUUUCCUGUCACCGUAGCCACAGAGAUUGCUGCAUCCCUUUUUCCUUUCUAAGCAAAUCCUCCUUCUUUUUUUUCCUUUUGUUUUUAUUUCCCCCCUUUUUUUCCCCCCCACAAACCCCACUGCAUCCCAGUCAUCAUGGAGGGGAAAGAGAGCCAGCAGGCAGAGAAGGACUUGGGGCUCUGUCUCAGACUCCUGCUGGGACACCAUCCUCAGAGAUGGGAGCUUCAAACCAGGGUCUGUGGGAGCAGGACAGUGUUCUCAGACCUUAGGGAGGCUCACAUUCAGUCCCUGUUGUCUCUGGGGUCAGAGACGAGAGAGUCUGAACCAAAUCAACCAACACUGAGAGAAGUGACUGGUCCCUUGCAUGGAGCAAGGAGGAUUCAGGUUCCCACACCCUGCCAGUUCCAGGAGGCUGAAGAACAGGGCUGGGCUGGGCUGUGUCAUCACUGGAGCCUCUGCUGCAGGAGGAGAGCUGGCCCUGAGCCCUUCCCUGCAGCCUGUCUUCCCCAGCACCACCGGGGCUGUCUCAGCAGGACAGGGCGGACGAGCCUCGCUCAGCACCGACUGUGCAAGGAGGGGAUGCCAAGGACACCCAGCCUGUCACAGUGCCAGGCCCCAGGGUGACACUGUGCAGAAGGGGGUCCCAGCAGUGCCUGAACUGGAAACCAGGUGAGAUCCCAGACUGGUUUGUUUGCAGCGGGCAGCCUGGACACUGGGAAGGCUUUUGCAUUUUGUGACUGGUGCCAGGAAAAGAUCCCAUUUGACACGUGGCUCUGGUGGCUGCUCCAAAGUCACACACCUUGCAGAGGGAAGGCACUUCAGCAUCUUGCUGGCUCUCCAGAGGAACUGAGCUGAGCCCAGAGCUGGUGGGGCAUCUGCACAUGCUGCUGUGCUGGGAACACAGCGCCCUGCUUACCUGCACAGCACAGGCUCCGUGGGUGUGCUGCCACUGCUGGCACCGGGCUGCACUGUCACCCACAAAGGUGGCAACCCAAAGGGUUUUGGUGAGCACAGAUGUGGGGGAGGCAGCCCUGCCCCACCCUGGCAGGCUGGCCCUGGUUCAGGUCAGCCUGGGGCAUCCUGCUCCUGGCACUUGGAGCAGCAGGGAUCGCAGGAAAAUGCCAGAUUGCAGCAGAGGAAUUCCUGGAGGCUGAUCUUUGGUUUUGCUGGGUUGGGUUGGGGCUGCGCAGCAGAGUCUGGCUGGGCUGGCCCUGCUGCUGGGCACUCAGCAAAGCUCAGUUUGCUCUGCCUGGAGAGCACUGAGGAAUGUUUGGCCAUGGGGCUCUCUGGCACAGAGGGCUGGAAGCAGGACACACCCUGCUGCCCUUUCCAUGCUGAGCAUCAGGGUUUUCCCCAGGGUUGUUGCCUGACUUCUCACUAUCCCUCACAAAAUCCCCCUCUGCUCCUGGACCAUCCCCCAGUGCCGUGCUCUGCAGUGGAGCUGUGCCAGCUGCAGUGGAGGGCUGCAGUGC